UUCUUCAUCUCCUCCUUUGUCUUGGAUUGCCUACGACUUAGAAGCAAUCCUAUUGAUUCCGCAGGAUUCGCAAUUGCAGGAAGGAUGGUGGACGUAGAGGCAAUCAGAAAGGCGCAGAGGGCCGAUGGUCCAGCAACCGUCUUGGCCAUCGGAACUGCUACUCCCCCAAACGCAAUUGAGCAGAGCGCUUACCCCGACUACUACUUUCGCAUCACUAACAGCGAACACAAGGUCGAGCUCAAGGAGAAGUUCAAGCGAAUGUGCGAGAAGUCGAUGAUAAGGAAGAGGUACAUGUAUCUCACGGAGGAGAUAUUGAAGGAGAACCCCAAUGUGUGCGCUUACAUGGCCCCCUCGUUGGACGCUAGGCAGGACAUGGUGGUGGUCGAAGUUCCCCGCCUGGGAAAAGAGGCCGCCACCAAGGCCAUCAAGGAGUGGGGUCAGUCCAAGUCGAAGAUCACUCACCUCAUCUUCUGCACCACCAGUGGUGUCGACAUGCCCGGCGCUGACUAUCAGCUCACCAAACUCCUCGGCCUACGCCCCUCCGUGAAGAGAGUGAUGAUGUACCAACAGGGCUGCUUUGCCGGAGGGACGGUUCUGAGAGUGGCCAAGGACCUCGCUGAAAACAACCGUGGAGCCCGAGUACUGGUCGUCUGCAGUGAGAUCACAGCUGUCACAUUCCGUGGCCCGUCGGACACUCACCUUGACAGUCUGGUCGGGCAGGCCCUUUUCGGUGACGGCGCGGCAGCAGUGAUCGUGGGAGCAGACCCCGUUCCUGAAAUAGAGAAGCCCUGUUUCGAGCUCCUCUGGACUGCUCAGACAAUUCUUCCCGACAGCGAGGGCGCCAUCGACGGGCAUUUGAGAGAGGUGGGUCUGACAUUCCACCUGCUGAAAGACGUGCCCGGGCUGAUCUCGAAGAACAUCGAGAAAGCGCUGGUGGAGGCAUUCCAGCAGUUCAACAUCUCUAACUGGAACGAUCUCUUCUGGAUUGCCCACCCGGGAGGACCGGCAAUUCUUGACCAGGUGGAAUCGAAAUUGGAGCUGGAUCCCAAAAAGAUGCGGGCUACCAGGCACAUUCUCAGUGAGUACGGAAACAUGUCGAGUGCUUGCGUGCUCUUUAUCUUGGAUGAGAUGAGGAAAUCGUCCAGGGAAAAUGGAAGUGCGACUACAGGUGAAGGAUUGGACAUGGGCGUUCUGUUUGGCUUCGGCCCGGGUCUGACCGUGGAGACAGUUGUUCUCAAGAGCGUUCCUCUCCAGUAAUUGCUGUCGGUAAUCUGUGUGUAUGAGUUCGUCGAAUGUUUGGGGGUGUGACAGUGUUUUAAUGUUUGACUGUAAGGUUUUUAAACUUCACGUGGGACAAGUACUUUUUUGCACUUUUUGUUUUAAGCAAGAAUUUAUAUUGUAAGUUAACCUUCUAAUAAAAUCUGUGAAAAUGAUGCGUGGGA